AUGAGUUCCCUCGUCAAGCGAGCUGCCGCCGCAGCUUUGCUGCUGUCUUCCAGUGUUGUGGCACAGGACACUAGCAUCGAUGUCACUACUAUUACCAGUACCGUCACAACCCCAACCUCCUCCUCGCAGGCAUCGGCGUGUGCCACCGCCUUGGCACCGGGUUACUCGGCGCCCGUUGCGGCCAAGGGUUGGAAGGCCCAGCUGAUUGCCACCAACCUCACCAAGCCGCGGAGUAUCAAGUUUGACUCUAAUGGCGGCCUUCUUGUGCUUGAGGCCGGCGUUGGGCUCCGCCAUUUGACCUUUGAUGACAACGGAGGCACUUGCCUUUCCGUCAAGAGCAGCACUUCCGUCAUUGCGGAUGAGGAGCUCAACCACGGUCUUGAACUGUCCGAGGACGGCAAGACCCUCUACGUCUCCUCAGCCGAGAAUGUUGACCGCUACGAGUACGACGCCGACUCCGCCACCGUCGGCAGCCUCACCCGCAUCAUCGCCAACAUGACCAACCCGGGCGUUGGGCACGUCUCGCGAACCCUCCUGCUUUCCAAGCACCAGCCCGACCUCCUCUUGGUCUCGCGCGGCAGCGCCGAGAACCUCGACUUGCUAGCUGCCAACCAAUCCACCGGCAUCUCGCAGAUCCGCGCCUUCAACAUCUCCAACACGACCACCACCUCGCUGCAGCGCUCCCUACAGCUACCCCGACGACGGCCUCCUCGUCGGCUGGGGCCUACGCAACUCGGUCGGCGUGGCGGAGCACCCAGUCAAGGGCACCAUUUGGUCGGUCGAGAACAGCGCCGACGAGAUCCACCGCCUCGGAGUCGACAUCCACGAAGAAAACCCCGGCGAGGAGCUCAACUACCACGGCCUCCUCAACGACACCGACUCACGGAGCACCCUGCUGGGCUCCAACUACGGCUACCCGUCCUGCUUCGCAGUCAGCAACACGACCGGUUUCCUCUCCCAAGGCAACCUAACCAUCGGCUCACAAUUCUCCCUCCAAAACAACGCCACCGCCAACGACACCGCCUGCGCCCUGCACACCGUGCCUCGCGCCUCACCUUCCAAGCCCACACCGCGCUCUCGACAUCAAAUUCCUGCCCGGCAACGGCUCACGCGCCUUCAUCUCCUUCCACGGCAGCUGGAACCGCGACUCACCCGGCCGGCUACAAACUCUCCUACGCCGUCUUCGCCACCGACUCCUCAUCCUCAGACACGGACUCCAACUCCGACCUCACCCCCGGCUUCCCCGCCGAAGCCAGCAAAAGCACCCACCCGAUCCGCGACGUGCUGACCGCGCCCGACGUGAGCCGGUGCGCCGAGCCGGGCGCCUGUUUCCGGCCUGUCGGGCUGGCGUUUGAUGCGGCGGCGCAGCGGCUGUUUUGUGUCGAGCGACGCGACGGGGGAGAUUUGGGUGGUGGUGCGCGAUGGGGGACGAGGAGGGGGAUAGUGAUGGGAAUGGUGGGAGUGGGCCCGAGUCCCGUCCACCACAGGGGGUGGUGGUGA